AUGGUCCUUACAUCUCUUGAGCUCUGGCAAAGUCUUGGGCACACCCAAUUAGAAAGUGAAAAAUUAAUUGUGCAAAUGCAACUGUUUGAGUCACAAUUACUAUCAUUUGAUUUUCCUUAUGUUUUGGACAUAUACACUCCAAAAAUUUGGAGGGAAUUAACAGAAGCUAAUCUUCAAGAUGCAUGUUAUAUAUCUUCAAUUGGUAAUAUUAUGAGUUAUGAGAAGGAACAAAUAAGCAUUGAUAAUAAGACUUCAGAUAUAUCUAAUAAAUUUACAACCUUAUUAAUUAAUGAAAUUAUUAACUUAGAAAUUGAAGAAAAUUCGGAAUUUCCUAUAGCAGAAACAGCCCAAGUUGUUUUAUCUGAGAAUUUUGAUUAUGAUUCUUCUGAUGUAUUAAAUAGUUUUUUAGAACAUAAAAAGCAAAAUAGAUAA